AUGUCACCAUUGAAACGAAGCAAACAAUACAAAAGUGUAUCACGCCGCUCAUCCGCUAUUUAUCAAAUCACAACAAACAAUCUUUCAGCAUUUACUCAAAGACGUUCAGGGUCUUCUUCAUCAAGAGGUCAUCGAAGACAUCGCGGACAAAAUUUAUUCGGGACUCGAUUUCGAAAUAUAUUAUCUUGCUUUAAUUUAUCCAAUGUUAGAUCGAUUCCAAGUCGUUUAAUUCAAUGUCAACGUCACUGUUUACCAUUCUACUGGUUAAUUCUAUUGAUUAUUAUUUUGACUAUUAUUAAUUACAAGUUUGGAAUAUUUGAAAUUACAGCGAAUGAUAUUCAUUUGCCAUCUCAAACAAUAUCCAAAGAUUAUUCACCAUUACAUAUUGAUACUUCCAAAUGUUCCAAGAACAAUAUGUCUAUGACACAACAGAACUAUAUGGCAAUUUUAAUGGAAAGAAGUCUUUGA